CCCCGUGCUCCUGGCAGAGGGAUGCUGGCCUCCAGCACGGGCGGCCUUACUGGCAUCUCUGCCAAGUCAACAAGUCUGGGGCUGCCUUCUGCCCGGUGAUGUGCACGGAACGGAGCGUCUUCCUGGGGAGCAGGGCUGGGAGUGCCCAGAGUGUAGGCCAGGACAGGCUGGGGCUGCCAGGGCUGGGGAUGCAUGGGGUAGGGGGAGGCCAGACACCCCCAUGGACACACGCGGCCCCUAUGCACUCCUGCUAUCCAUCCCUGGGCAGAGUGGCCCUUAUGCUGCCCCCUCCCACCCCGCUCGCAUCUGUAGCAUCUGGGAACUCCUGGGCUUCGCCGCCCGCUGCCUGACAUGGCUAAGUGCCCCAGCCUCAGAGCUCCUCACCGAGGCGGGGGGUGAGCCCCAAAUGGGAUGAGAAAGGGGGACCCUUGCUAAAGAAACUCCCCUGUAGAGUGAGGUCCAGUCACCCUGUCAGCCCCUGCCUGGGUCACCCCUUCCUAGUCCACCUGGCUGAGUGUAGUGUCCUGUGUCUGCCUCUGCAGUGCUGCCCCUGCCUGGCCCACUCCCCAAAUGUCCAGCAGCCUCCUGGCCGCUAUGCUCCCAGCCCAGGGCAACUUCAUCCUGCAGAGAUGGCUCCUUUAUAUUGGGCCACGCUUCAUGUUCGGGCUGGGGGUGUUGGGGGUUGGCACGGAGGUCCACUGCAGAUGUACCCAUGUUCAGAUGCCAGCUCCGCCUCCCUGGUGGGCCAGGGAGGAACCUUCCCAGAGCAACCAGCUUGAAGGGUGGGGGAGGAGACAGAGUGGGUCCCAGGUCGCAGGAAGGGCCUUGGCUCUGGCCGUAGGGAGCAGUGUUUGGUCACCUGGGCAGAACCCAGGGCUGGGUGGGUUCCCUUUAUCUUGUCCUGGGCACUGUUCUGGGGCUGCCUCCCCCAUCCCCAUUGGAGCACUCCGUCUGUCAGGGAAGCAACUGUUGACCCCGUUACGCCAGCAGCCACAGGGAGCCAGGGCCCCAGAGAGCCGAGGGGCCUUCAGGGCGUCUCCUGCCCAGCCUUUCCCCGGCCCUCACCCCUCAGAGGGCAUCUGUGGGGAGACGGUCACUGAGUGCUGGCCCCGAGGGCAGGAGACAACCUUGGCGAGCCUGGGAGUAGCAACCACUGUCUGCUUCCAAAUCCCCGCUCUGCCUCUGUGCGCCCUGGGGCCAAGGACUUCACUUCUCUGGGCCUCAGUGUCCUCAUCUGUGAAGUGGGCAUCACACCUGGGCCCCUGGGUGGUGGAGAGGAAGAUGGGGCUAGGGUGUAGCAAGUCUUGAUGUGUGUGCUGUUGCCCUCGUCCUAUGGACAUCCAUUUAGAGCAGCGCCAGGUAAAUGGGUCAGCACAGCCUUGGUGGGUCAGGCACGCCAGGCCCUGAGCUGAGGGGACUCCCACCCAGUACCUCCCUUGCGACAACCAUGAGAGGCAGGUGCCCACUCGGCAAUGAGGAAGCCAAGGCUCAGAGAGUGAAGUCACCUGCCCAAGGUCACAUACCUGGGCCACGGAGGAGCUGGCAUCCCAGCUCCCUGUCCCCCCGACACCAGCAGAAGUGCCUGGGCCUGUGGCUGCCUUAAGGAGAUUUAGGCAGUGCUGCGGGAUGUAUCUCCGUUCCUUACCAGGGAUGGGGACACAAGACUGAGUCCAGUUGAGUCCCAGUCCUCGAGAACAGAGAGCACCGGGACAGGCAGGCGCUGGGGAAGGGGCGGGGACAGGCGGGCAAACCGGUCGGGCGGGCGCUGGGCUGGGGCCUCCAUCUGGAUGGACCUGCGCUGACAGUCCUGGCUGGUGUGGCAGCAGCUCGUGGGGCAGGCAGCUGGGGCCGUGAGGCCGCCGUCAGGUACGAGUGGGACUGGGACUGGGGGUGGAUGGAGUGGUGGGCAGGCUACCAACCCUCAGCACCCCAGUUUCCUCUGCCCCUCAGCCUUUCCCCAUCCCUGUCCCCCACACAGCAUCCUUCCCUGUCCUGCUUUCGGCUCUUCACGUUUGAAACGUGGUACACCCAUCUUGCCCGAGUUUGCUGAGCCUCUCCCCAAAUUGGAUCACCGCAAUUUCAUUGCUCCCUCACAAUUUCCCCCUCCACCGUAUCAUUCAAUGCCCACAGGUACCCAGCUCUGAUUUUCACUCACCCUGCUUCUCAUCUGCCCUCCAGCUCACCUCACUAGCUCCAUGUCCUUCCAAAGCGUGCCAGCCUCCCACAGUGCCCACACUUUAAUGACCCCUUGUGUCACUCAGCCACCACACCGGACCGCCUAUUUCCCCAGCCCAUGUCUGCUCAGCACUCCCCAGUGUCCUAGCCUCUUGGAAACUCCCAGGGGCUUCCCAACACCCAGCCUCAAAUUAGUCCCUAGCCACCCCUAGCGGUUCUCCGUUCCUUCCUCUGGCCAUCCCUCCUCAUCCUGCCCCUCACUGUACCCUGAAGGCCACCUCUACCCCCUCCUCCCAAGUGACCUAGGAGCCCAGCAUCUGGGACUUGGCCUUUCCCCUGUUCGAGCUGUCGGGCAGGGCAGGGACCCUGACCUCAGCUCUCUGCUGUUCGUGCCCCAGAGGCUACACCGAGCCUGUGUGCUCCCUCCUGCCUCAGGAACAGGCCCCCAGCACCCAGCUGCCCGGCUGCCAUGCGCAAACAUUACAAAGUCCACUUCGCCAAGGAUGCCCAGAGCCCCAACGGGCACUACUUCUGGGACCCAGAGUUGGGGCACCAAAAAGACAUCCUGACAGAGGAUGACGUCUACUGCAGCUGCCUGGCCAAGACACUCUGCCACGUGCCGGUCCCUGUGACCGUGGGUUUCUAUGCCCCUUUUGGCUGCCGCCUGCACAUGAUGCUGGACAAGAUCACGGCGCUGAUGCAGCAGGAGGCGGCGCAGCGCGAGAGCGAGGAGCUGCAGCACGUGCAGUGGCGGCCGCGUGCCGUGAGCGGCUGGGGCGUCCCGCAGCUACUGUGGUACCUGGUGUUCCUGCAGCCCAUCAUCACCGAGGUGCACCUGCGGCGCAGGAACGUGCAGUUCCUUUUCAUCCGCUUUAGCGCCUGGCAGUACGAGGGCGCCGACAAGCUGUGGGCCGGCCUGGUGACCACGUUGUGCGAGGGCAUCCGCCACCACUAUGGCGCACUGCCCUUCAGCGUGUACUCAGUGCUGGGCAACAAGCCGGCCACCAGGCAGGACUGCUGCCAGAGCGAGUGGCAUUGUCGGCGCCGCGUGUGCCUGGGGCUGCUGGCGCUGCUGGCGGCGCUGGGCCUGGGCGUGGGGCUGCUCUACUUGUCGCUGGGCGGCCACGCGCUGGGCCACAGCAGCCCGAGCGGCAGCCUGCUCAAGGUGUUUGGCGGCGCGGCCACCACACUGUCGGGUUCGGGGCUGCUCAUGGCCGUGUACUCGGUGGGCAAGCACCUGUUCAUAAGCCAGCGCAAGAAGAUCGAGCGGCUGGUGUCGCGUGAAAAGUUCGGCAGCCAGCUGGGCUUCAUGUGCGAGGUGAAGAAGGAGGUGGAGCUGCUCACCGACUUCCUGUGCUUCCUGGAGAUCUACCAGCGGCGCAGGCUGCGCGUGGUGCUGGAGGUCACCGGGCUGGACACGUGCUACCCGGAGCGCGCGGUGGGCGUGCUCAACGCCAUCAACACACUGCUGUCCGAGAGCCACGCGCCCUUCAUCUUCAUCCUGGUCGUGGACCCCAGCAUCCUUGCCGCGUGCCUAGAGAGCGCGGGCAACAUGAAGGGCACAGCCGACAAUGGCUACCUCUUCCUCAACCGCACGGUCACGCUGCCCUUCUCUGUGCCCAUUAUGGGCCGCCGCACCAAGCUGCAGUUCCUGCACGAUGCGGUGCAGAGCCGCGACGACCUGUUGUACCGCGAGAUCACGCGCAAGCCGUGGCUGCCAGGGGACGCCGGGGGCGAGAGCACGCAGCUGCUGGCGGUGCAGGCGCAGGCGGGGACGGAGCGCGGGCAGGGCCGCGUCGACGCUGAGGCGACGCGGCGUAUCCAGGAGGCGCUCUUCUGCCUUCACGACGAGCGCGACUGCCUCUACGAGUACGUGCCCGACAACGUGGUGUCCAUGCGGCGCAUCGUCAACACCGUGCCCAUCACCGUGCGCCUGCUGCAGCAGCAGGGGGACUUUGGGGGACCCACGCCGCGCCAGGCGGUGGCGUGGGUGGUGCUCGCCAACCAGUGGCCGUGCCGCCUGAGCUGGGCGCUGCAGUGCCUGGAGGACCGGCAGCAGACCGGGGGCGCGCCCGAGGGCCGCGCGCGCCUCUGGGACGUUUUCCGCGACAACAGCCGCGAGCUGCACACGAUGACCAAGGCGUUGCAGAACGUGCUAGACCUGGACGGCGACCCUGAGCUCUUCGAACGCUUCCUGGGCGCCGACUUCCCCUUCACCGUGACAGAGGCGCAGAGCCUGCUGCGCUGCACGGUCAACCUGGACCACUCCAUCCGCCGGCGCAUGGGUCUCAUCCGAGCCGUCAGCAAGCUCAAGCCGCCCAGCCCGCCCAAGUCCCCUGCCCGCGAUGCCCCCCACGCUGCCCACCGGGCCAACAGCGCCUCCAGGGCGCCCCCGUCGGGCCGUGCCUCAGGGCAAGCCGGCGAAGGCCACCACGCUGGGGACUUGGCCCACAGGGGCAAGCUAUGGCCGGUGGCCUGUGCGCUCUUCCGUCCAGAGCAAUCCAGCCCAGGUGGGCCUUGAAUGGAGGACUUGGCGGGCAGCAGAAGGCAAGGGUUCCUCCAUCUGCCCAGAUGGGGGAAUAGGGGGCUGGGCUGGGGCCGCAGCCCAGGGUCCGAAUGAGCCCUGUGAGGCCCACACCCCCAGGUGAACCUGAGCCAGAGCUGUGGACAUAGCCUCCAAGGAGUGGGGCCACCAGCCGGUGCCAGCAUGAGAGCAGGCACAGAAGGACCAGUGAGGAAGUCAGGGUAAACAUGCAAUAAAUGGAGGUGUUGAGAGCCCCCAGUUGCUCUCCGCAUCCCGAUCUGACCAGGGACCAGGCCUGCCCCAUGCUGCUAAGCCCACUUCCUCCUCUGCACCAUGCUGGCCUCCUCGUCUGGCAUCUCUGUGGCAGGAGAGGCUGUGGGGGUGGUGGGUGAGGCUGCAGAGAUGACAGGUGGAUGGGCCGGGUUGACUCAGGCAACAUGGAGCGCCCAGGCCUCAGGGAAUCCCAGUCCUUGUCCCCAUGCCCUAGCUUGCCCCUCUGUGAGUAGGGCAGGGGCUGGCAUUUCUGAGGGUGACCUCGGUGACCUCAGCAGGCUGCUCCACCCCUAGAGUGGCCCCAUUCUCAACGUAAUGGGUUAAUUAGACCUCGCUGGCACCUCAGCCAGCUGAGGUGGAUGGCACUAACCUCCCCCAGACAAAUAACUGUCCACAGGGUACCUGCCUUACGAGUCACUCCAGGGCCACUGGUUAGUCACUGACACUGAAGCCACUGCAUCAGCCCUCUGAUGAGGACAGGGAAGUUGGGCAGCGAUGGGGACAUACAAGGCCCAAGCCACAGCCAGCCAGGAGGGGUUACACUAGGGCUCCCCACCUUCCCUCUGGGCAGAGCCCUGGGCUGGGGGUGGGUGUCACUCCUCUGGGCAGUUCCUGAUUCCUCACUGGUCAAAUGUUCAGCCACACGCUCAGGCCCUGGGGUGCCUGGCCCAGUUCCAAGUGUGUGCUGGCAGGGGCCACAAGGGCCAACACUGAACAUACCCUGGGAUGAGGCUGAGGGUGUGGCUUCUGAGCCAGGGCCCUGAGGCUGGUGGAGGGGACAGUCCCCGAGGAAACUCAGAGCUCUGCAAAGGCACCCACCCUCAGGUCAUGGGACUGGGGUCACUAACCUCACAGUUCUUUAGCUCCAAGGCUGGGCAUGGCAUCCAGGUCUAGCUGCAGCACUGGAGUUCUCUGGCCACAGCAAUUGUCACAGGUGCAUGCAGGUCAAUGGGAGCCCUCCAUGAUCUUCCCUGGGGCUGAGCAAGCAGAGGUGCUGUUUCCCAUUCCUGGACUGGCUAAGCUGGUAGGAUACGCCUGGACCUCCUGGGAGCUGUUUCCCAGCAGUCAGGGAGAGCUGGCCUUCGAGGGAGAAGGAUGGGGCCUCGUGACACCGUUAAGUCUGUUUCUGUAGAUGUGUGGCUGGGGUCAAUAUAUCCCUGUAGCCUCCCUUAAGCCAGUUUCAGUUGGGUUUGUUUCUUACCCCCUGGAAUCCAAGCUGAAAAUAAAUCUUCACUCCUGUUACCAGGAGUGGGGUGCUGUGAGAGACGCUAACGUGUGGACUUGGCUGGAGGUGGGGGCAGGACUGAAGCACCCCAUGCCUCAGUAAGAAGCUGCAUCAGCCUGGCCAACACGGUGAAACCCUGUCUCUAAUAAAAAUACAAAAAGAUUAGCCGGGCAUGGUGGUGCACGCCUGUGAUCCCAGCUACUCAGGAGGCUGAGGUGCGAGGAUCACUUGAACCCGGGAGGUGGUGGCUGGAGUGAGCCAAGAUGGUGCCACUGCACUCCAGCCUGGGUGACACAGCGAGACUCUGACUGAAAAAAAAAAAAAGCCGCAGCCUCUGUUACGUGGUACAAGCUGUGGCCAAACUGUUGGCCACUGUAUCUUCACGUGGAGCUGCUAUGAGAACUUGCACCUGUGUAAGGCCAUGGGACCGGUUGUCACCAACAAAAAGGGAGCACAGCUGACCUGUGCGCCUUCCCCAGCAAUGAGUUAGGGAGCAGGUUUCCCUUCUCCACUCCCUUCCCCCAUCUGCCCGCUUGAUCCGGGACCCUUGAGGCCCUGGGGAGCAACAGAGCCCUAAGAGCUUCAAAGGGGCCUGGGUCCAGGAAUAACUUGGUGAAGAGCUGCCUGCCACUCUGAACAUCCACAUGUGACAAUAAACAUCUCCUGUUAGGACAUUGAGAUCUUGCAUGAAACAGACCCCCUACGUCUUCAGCAAAGGCUACCAAAACGUGACAAGCUCGGGUGACACUUGGGUGGCUGAAGGGAAGGCGAAGACAAGAUGGCAAGGGGGAUCCUCUCAGCCUCCAUCCCUCGAUCUGGGACCCUUCAGAAAAUCAGGAGCGCGGCAGGCUGGGGUGUUGUGAUAACGGCUAUGGCUUCUAGAGCUGCUCUAACACAGUCUAACAGACCACGUGCCUUUGAAGGACAAAUGUAUCGUCUCUCGCUUCUGGAGGCUAAAAGUUCCAGAUGAAGGGGGGCUCUCUGUGCCUGAUCCCCACUCCUGGUGCAUUGCUGGCCAUCUCCACAUUCCCUGGCUUGCAAAUGCAUCACCCCAUCCUCUGUCUUCACGUGGCAGUCUCCCUGUGCCCAAAUGCCCCUUUUAAUAAGGACACCAAUCAGACUGCAGCAGGGCCCACCCGAAUGACCUCAUUAAAAUGAGUUAAAACUUGA